CAGCCACCGCCGCUUUCGGCUCGGGGACGCGAGGAGGGUACUCCGUGAGGCUCCGGCCUCCGUGGCUGCUGCUGUCCUCCGGAGCCUGGGGCUGCAGUGCUCGGGGUCCUGGUGGCUGGCUCUGAGCCCCUCUAGCUCACGAUCACGCUCUCUCUCUGCUCAGGAAAAGGCACUGUGCUGUGCGAGCCACCCGGGGCUAGAGCCCCCGGGCCAUGGAGAGGGGCCCGUAAGGGACGCGCGGAGGCGGAGGAAGAGGCUUGGGAGGAGGGAGGCCGAGGAGCAGGGCGCGGGAGGAGGAGGAUGCCGCCGCCACCACCACCCGCGGCCCCCUGGCGAGCCUGACUCCGGACCCAGGAUGGAGCCGGCGCUGGGCGCUGCAGCGGCUCUUGGCGCGCCCGCCACCAGGUAACUGCUGUGAGUGCUGCAUAUGGUUGGAAGAAGAUUCCUGUCCCCAGUUGUCCCUUUGGAGCUACCUUCUCCACCUGAAGGCCUGGGGUGAUUCACCUCCAUCACAGGACCAGUUGAAUUCCAGAAGACCCUGUGCCUUGGAGCAGCAGCCCCAUGACGGUGCCCAGCCAUGCAAUGUUCCUGGAAGGCUGUCCUCCUCCUUGCCCUGGCCUCCAUUGCCAUCCAGUACACAGCUAUCCGCACAUUCACUGCCAAGUCUUUCCACACUUGCCCUGGGCUGACAGAAACUGGGCUGGCAGAGCGGCUGUGUGAAGAGGGCCCCACCUUCUCCUAUAACCUCUCCAGGAAGACCCACGUCCUCAUCCUGGCCACCACACGCAGUGGGUCAUCAUUUGUGGGACAGCUCUUCAACCAGCACAUGGAUGUCUUCUACCUGUUUGAACCUCUUUACCACGUCCAGAACACGCUCAUCCCUCGCUUCACCCAGGGUAAGAGCCCCGCAGAUCGAAGGGUCAUGCUAGGUGCCAGCCGGGACCUGCUGAGGAGCCUUUAUGACUGUGAUCUCUACUUCCUGGAGAAUUACAUCAAGCCACCUCCGGUCAACCACACCACCGACAGGGUCUUCCGCCGAGGGGCCAGCAGGGUCCUCUGCUCCCGUCCAGUGUGUGACCCUCCAGGGUCCUCUGACCUGAUCUUGGAGGAGGGGGACUGUGUGCGCAAGUGUGGCUUGCUGAACCUGACCUUGGCAGCCGAAGCUUGUCGUGAGCGUAGCCAUGUGGCCAUCAAGACUGUGCGGGUGCCCGAGGUGAAUGACUUGCGGGCCCUAGUGGAAGACCCCAGGUUGAACCUCAAGGUCAUCCAGCUUGUGCGAGACCCUCGUGGCAUCUUGGCUUCUCGGAGUGAGACCUUCCGGGACACCUACCGACUUUGGCGGCUUUGGUACGGCACAGGGAGGAAGCCCUACAACCUGGAUGUGACACAGCUGACCACGGUGUGUGAGGAUUUCUCUAGCUCUGUGUCUACUGGCCUCAUGAGGCCCGCCUGGCUCAAGGGCAAGUACAUGCUGGUACGUUAUGAGGACCUGGCCAGAAAUCCAAUGAAGAAGACAGAGGAGAUCUACGAAUUCCUGGGUAUCCCCCUGGACAGUCACGUGGCACGCUGGAUCCAGAACAAUACGAGGGGCGACCCCACUUUGGGCAAGCACAAAUACGGCACAGUGCGCAACUCAGCAGCCACGGCGGAGAAGUGGCGCUUCCGCCUCUCCUAUGACAUCGUGGCCUUUGCCCAGAAUGCCUGCCAGCAUGUGCUGGCCCAGCUGGGCUACAAGAUGGCCAACUCGGAGGAGGAGCUGAAGAACCCAGCCAUCAGCCUAGUGGAGGAGCGCGACUUCCGCCCUUUCUUGUGACCUGGGUGUGGUGGGGGUGGGAGGCAGGUGGCUCUGGUUUUGCUGACGUGGACCUACUAUGGGCCGUUUUUAACUGUUGCCUUAUCUCCCUCCUCCCUCUCCCACCCUGACUGUGUGUCUUUUCCAGCCCCUGUCCACUCCCCUCCCUUUUGCCUCUCCCAUACCAUCUGUGCGUCCUUCUUGCCCUUGUCCACCCCCUUCUCUCCUGCCUCUUUUUGCCCCUGAAAUUUGCACUAUGUCUCUGGAGGGGAACACUGGGCAGAGGGCGUGAGAUGUGGGGUUACGCCCCCCACCCCAUUUAGACACAAGGAUGGUGGGUCUCUAUGCGGAUGGGGACAAUGUUUACAGGCACCCAAUCGCACAUUCACACGUGCACACAGGCACACAAGAGGUACCCCAGCACAUAACUUGUAGUUUUUGUAAUUGUCUUCUCAAGGUAAUGGGAUGGACACAGAGGGACCACACCUCCCCAGUUUAAGAAAAGGGCCCAUCCCAGCCCCCUCCCGGCUCUCUCCCCUGGAGCAGGGCACCCGUCCCUCCUGCACAUCCUUGCCUGCUGGUGAGCAGGGUUUUACUGUGAGGUGAAUUGGGACUACGUUCUUUCUAUUUGGUUUGUGGUGAGCUUGUCUGUCUGAGUCUUGUGGCUACCCCUAGACCAAUAAUGAUUAAUGAAUCUUAGGAGUUUCGGAUUGAUCUUGGGGUCCCUCUGUGAUAUUUCUUUGUGCCAAAAAACAAAAACAAAAAAAAAAACAAAAAAAAAUGUGGAUCAGUUUGCUAAAUGAAAAUUGAAAUGCUUUAUUUGUGUUUUCUGUAAAUAAAAAUGUGCAGUACUGCCUGA